AUGGCUGAUAGGGCCGCCUGGAGGGCGGCAGGGUGCGGCUGGCCCUAUGGAUGCCGCCAGUUCUUCCGGCUUUCGGCACCGCCGCCUGGCGCGGCGCUGUGUAAGCGCUGCUUCCCGGGCGAAGGGGUCGCCAAGCCCGGCUCUCAGUUCACGGCUCUUCGUCUGGCCAAAGCGCCGACGCGAGGAGGCGAGAGGAUGCCUCUUCCACGUCGGGUGGGAAUCGACCUCCGACUCCUGACUUGGGGCCUCGGGCCCUGGACGCCAAGGGGCGCGUCCGGAAAAGCCCAGAUUUCGCACGCACUUAGAGGCGCGGAGGCUGACUGUCACGCUUUCUGUCGCCCCCCCCCCUCCCCCACCUGGCCUAGCCACGCCGGAUAUUUCACUGUCCCGUUGGUGGGGGUGGGCGACUUCGAGGACUUUAACGUCCGCGCCAGCCUCGCCGGGGUGGCGGCCAACUACCUCAGGGUCAUACGCCUGGACACCCUGCCGGAGUUUGCCGCCGUCGCCCGCGACGAGGACGAGUUCCUGGCGGUGUGCGUCCGGCCGUACGUCGAGGGCUGCCGAUCGCCUGGGACGGGCUCGCUGCUCCGGUGCCCGGCCGAGACCGCCCGGCACGAGAGAGGCUCCCAGGCCCGGGCAAAGGCCUGGGACAGGACUUGGGGCCUCGGUCGGAUGCCCCGUCGCGCCUGGCACCCGGCAUGGGAGCGGCCCAACUUCGACACGGGCGAUGAGGACGAGGACCCGGCAGUGGCCGACGCCAUCCUGCCGGAGCAGCUCGCCAGGAUCUUGGGCCCUCGGCCUGUGACUCGGGAGCCGACCGAGAUGGUUCCUUACGCCGAGCACGCGCCCGGGAUCCAUCGGCGGGACCCAUACUAUCUGGCGCGCCUGGGGCCCUGGUCGAGGGUGAUCCAUCGCCCGGCCCACCCUGACCUCGACGACGGGAUCGCGGACUGCGGUCGCCGCGUCGAGCUACGCCGCACUGCGCCCCGCCGGCCGAGCAGGGCGGGCUGCCCUGGCGAUGGUGCGUGGUCUGCUGGUGCGGCCGCAACCUCAGCCGGGCCGACGACGAGGAGGUCAGCGAGCUGGAGUGACGCCGGGCCGCGUCGCCGGGCGGCCGGCAAAGACCCGUGGCCGACCGGGCCGAUUUUCCGAGAAGCCAGGGCGAGUUUAAAAGGCGUCCCUCCCCCCCCUCCCCUCCCCCGCCUGUUCCUCGGACUGGUCAUGGCUUGGGCCGGGGACGUCGUGGUGUCAUAUCUGGCUGCUCGCGGCCUGGCCCGCACAGCCACCCUCGCCCUGGUGGAGCCAAGCCAGGCGAGGUUCGAGGCGACCGUGGUCGACCCGCUCCUGGCUGGCUUUCGCGACACCGCCUCAUUUGUGGUCCACGAGGGAGAGCGCCCGGCCGUCCGGGCGGUGCUGCUGCACAUGUACCUGGAGGCCAGGACACA